AUGAUUGCCCCGAAGUUCAAGACCAUCAUCGUCGGCGCUGGACCAGCAGGACUCCUCCUGGCACUUCUUCUUUCUCGUCAUGGCAUGUCUGUUACGGUUUGCGAAGCAGCUCCAAAACUCGACAACCGACCACGCGCAACCCAUUACGGAACACCAGCUGUGUACGAACUGCGCCGUGCGGGUGUCCUGGAUGACGUCCUGGCGGAGGGUCUUAUUACUCGCAAGUUAUGCUGGCGAAAGCUUGACGGGACCUACCUAACCGGGAUCGACAACGAUGUACUGGGGAAUGACCCAGACCGAGUUGUUUGUCUCCCUUUAAACCGUUUAUGCCAAAUCCUAGCCCGCCACCUAGAGCGUGGACCUAGUGCUGAGGUGAAAUGGAACCACCGCAUUACUAGCAUCGGGCAGGAUAGUGACAACGCAUGGGUGGGCGUCUCAACACCUGAAGGCGGCAUCACGUUGGAAGCAGACUACAUUAUUGGAUGUGAUGGUGCCAACUCCCAGAUCCGACGAUCCCUGUAUGGCGACAAGAAUUUCCCUGGAAAGACCUGGGAUGAGCAGAUCGUCGCCACAAACGUGUACUACGACUUCGACAAGUACGGGUACGAGGAUGCAAAUUUCAUCAUCGACUCCGAGCAUUGGCACAUGGCGUCACGAAUCACCAGGGAUGGAAUGUGGCGGGUUUCCUACGGGGAGAAGGCCGGGAUCACGCAUGAGGAGCUUGCUGCGAGGCAGCCCAUGAAAUUUGCGAAGAUUCUUCCGGGGAACCCGUCGUCCGAUCAAUAUACCCUGGCUAACUUUAGUCCUUACCGUGUUCACCAGCGGUUAGCGGAGAGGAUGAGGAAGGGGAGAUUUCUCCUCGCGGCUGAUGCAGCGCAUCUGUGUAACCCAUUUGGGGGUCUCGGUUUAACCGGGGGCAUCGUGGAUGUCGGAGGGCUGAGUGAUUGCCUGUACGGCAUCUGGACUGGCCAGGCGAGCCCAGACAUCCUGGAUAUUUAUGACGAAGUCAGACGCCAGAAGUACAGAGACAUCGUGGACCCUAUCUCAAGUGAAAAUUUACGUCGGAUGUUUGAUAACGAUCCCCAAACUGUGCUCGAGCUGGGCAAAGAUAAGUUCCUGGAGAUGUGCGUGAAGGCUGAGAAGGAUGUGAAGUUGGCGCGUGAAAUGGCAUUGGGAUUCAAUGUGUUGAAAUACGACUUUAGACAGCACUAUACAACUCCCAAGUAG